AUGGCUGCUCCUGUGAUGACCGUGUCAGAGUCUAAGGACCUUCGAGGUCUCAACCUCAUCGCAGCUCAUUCUCAUAUUCGUGGCCUCGGCGUUGAUGCGACAACUUUGGAACCAAGAGCUGCUUCCCAGGGCCUUGUGGGACAGGAGAAGGCGCGCAAAGCUGCUGCUGUCAUUCUACAAAUGAUCAAGGACGGAAAGAUUGCAGGUCGAGCUGUUCUUAUCGCAGGACCGCCCAGCACCGGAAAGACGGCCAUUGCCAUGGGUAUGGCACAGUCUCUUGGCCCUGACGUUCCUUUCACAACCCUUGCCUCUUCAGAAAUCUUCUCACUCGAGAUGUCCAAGACCGAAGCCCUCACACAAGCUUUCCGAAAAUCCAUCGGCGUGCGAAUAAAGGAAGAGAGCGAAAUUAUGGAGGGAGAGGUUGUUGAGAUCCAGAUUGACCGCAGCGUCACUGGCAGCGCGAAGCAGGGAAAACUAACCAUCAAGACAACAGACAUGGAGGCUGUCUACGAUAUGGGUAGCAAGAUGAUCGAUGCCAUGACCAAGGAGCGCGUCAUGGCGGGCGACAUUAUCUCGAUUGAUAAGUCAUCUGGCAAGAUUACAAAACUCGGCCGAUCCUACGCCCGAUCCCGCGAUUACGAUGCUAUGGGUGUCGACACCAAGUUCCUCCAAUGCCCCGACGGAGAGCUUCAGAAGCGUAAGGAAGUUGUCCACACUGUUACUCUUCACGAAAUCGAUGUCAUCAACUCCAGGACGCAGGGUUUCCUGGCUCUCUUUUCAGGCGACACAGGAGAGAUUCGCAGCGAGAUCCGAGACCAAAUCAACACAAAGGUCGGCGAGUGGAAGGAAGAGGGCAAGGCAGAGAUUGUUCCCGGUGUGUUGUUCAUCGAUGAAGUUCACAUGCUUGACAUUGAGUGCUUCUCAUAUGUUAAUCGAGCUCUCGAGGACGAUCUGGCCCCCGUGGUUAUCAUGGCCAGCAACAGAGGCAACUCACGUAUUCGUGGCACCGACUACCGCAGCCCUCACGGACUGCCCCUCGACUUCUUGGACAGAGUUGUCAUCAUCAACACACACUCCUACAACCCCGAGGAGAUCAAGCAAAUUCUUUCUAUUCGAGCGCAAGAAGAAGAGAUCGACGUACACCCUGACGCCCUCGCCCUCCUUACCAAGAUCGGCCAGGAGGCAGGUCUCAGGUACGCCAGUAACCUCAUCACCACUUCGCAAUUGGUUUCCGCCAAGCGAAAGGCUAAGCAGGUUGAAGUUGGCGAUGUGCAACGCAGCUUCCAGCUCUUUUAUGAUCCUGCACGCAGCGUCAAGUUCGUGACCGAAUCGGAGAAGCGCCUGAUUGGCAACUCUGGCGCAGUGGAUUUUGCAGCAGGCGCCACUGUAAGCAACGGCGACGAGAAGAUGGACCUUAGUUAA